AUGGAACAAGAAGCAGAGCACAGUGCGAAAGUAAAACCCGGAUUUCACUUUCACCCAACUGCGUUGGAACUAAUAGUUCAUUAUCUCCAAACCAAGGUUCUUGGAGUAUCGUAUCAUCAAGGUAUUAUCAAUGAGCAUGUCGAUCUUUAUCGCGACGUUACUCCGGAACAACUAAAAGGUGAUGCAAUUAUUCAUAGGAACGAAUACAUGUAUUUCUUCUCUCAAGUAGCAAAGAAACAUGUGAAUGGAAAGAAGUGUAGCAGAGUUGUGGUUGAUGACCAAGGAACUUCACUAGGUUACUGGAAGGCCUCCCAGAAGGGCGCUGAAAUCCUAGGGGCCAACGGAGUUGCCAUCGGACUUGAGACGCGGCUAGUUUUUUACACUGCAGAUGGUCGAAAGACCGCAUGGCUUAUGAUUGAAUAUAAGCUUGCAGACAAUCCAUAUCACAAGAUGGAUAGAGAAUGGACGAUCUGUAAAGUGUACGAAGGUGGUCGAACUAGUCAUGAAGAAGAUGCUGAAGGAAUCCUGGAACAUUAG